CUUGACCUUGUGUUGUUCACGUUCCUUUUUCAUUCUUAAACCAAAGACAAGUCCAAGAGUUUUUCCUUUGGUUUGGUGCAAGUUUGUUUACAUUUUGUGCUUCGAAACAAAGUGGCCUGAUACCUUUUCUGACUAUCUUGUUUGUGGUUAAAUGAUGCAUGUAAAGUGAUAUAGCGACACAAGUGGUGGGGUUCUCUCACAAACAUGGGAGAGGGUAAUGUUAAACAGUCUUUGUUGGAGAGGAAGUACUAUGAGGACUGCCCUGGUUGCAAAGUGGAUCAAGCCAAAGAGUUGAGUGAGGGACAAGGUGUAUCCGUUAGAAAUCUUUUGAUCAUAUGGAUGGUGGUGCUUUGUGCUGCACUGCCUAUAUCAUCUCUCUUUCCAUUCCUCUAUUUUAUGGUAAGGGAUUUUCAUAUUGCAAAAACAGAAGCUGAUAUAAGUUCUUAUGCUGGUUAUGUAGGUUCUGCAUUCAUGCUUGGCAGAUGUUUGACAUCUGUAUUGUGGGGAAUUGUAGCUGACCGCUUUGGUCGAAAGCCUGUUAUAGUUAUAGGUAUUAUCACAGUUGUCAUUUUCAACACACUAUUUGGCCUCAGUACUAGUUUUUGGAUGGCUGUUAUCAUGAGAUUUCUUCUAGGAAGUUUAAAUGGUUUGCUUGGACCAGUGAAGGCCUAUGCCACUGAACUUUUUCGAGAAGAACACCAAGCUCUAGGACUGUCAACUGUCAGUGCAGCUUGGGGCAUAGGUUUAAUCAUCGGCCCAGCAUUGGGAGGCUAUUUGGCUCAACCAGUAGAGAAGUACCCACAUAUAUUUCCAAAGGAUUCGUUUUGGGAUAAGUUUCCAUACUUCUUGCCCAACUUUAUAAUAUCUGCAAUUGCAUUUGUAGUAGCUAUUGGCUGUAUCUGGAUUCCGGAAACACUUCACAAUCACAAUUGUAGCAAUGCAUCCAUAGAUGAUGCCAAAGCUUUAGAAAAUGGAAGCAGAGGGGCUGGCACAGUUAAGAUAAUCCAAAAGAAUGAAAACCUCCUCCUGAACUGGCCCUUAAUGUCAUCUAUCAUUGUUUAUUGUGUUUUUGCACUUCAUGAUAUUGCUUAUCAAGAGGUUUUCUCAUUAUGGGCUGUGAGUCCUCAAAGGCUGGGGGGUUUGAACUUUACAACUGAUGAUGUUGGUAAUGUUCUUUCAAUAUCAGGUCUUGCACUUAUCAUUUACCAACUUACCAUAUACCCAUCUGUGGAAAAAGCUAGUGGACCCAUUGGUAUUGGUCGCAUCUCAGGGAUGCUAGCAAUACCACUUUUGCAAAGUUACCCCUUCAUAGCUUUGUUGUCAGGCUUUGCACUGUACGUAGUCUUAAGUAUUGCAUCAAUUUUGAAGAAUAUUCUAUCAGUGACCAUUAAUACUGGUUUGUUCCUUCUACAAAACCGAGCAGUGGAACAACACCAAAGGGGGGCAGCUAAUGGCAUUUCUAUGACAGGCAUGUCUCUAUUCAAAGCUAUUGGCCCUGCUACAGGUGGUGCAAUAUUAACUUGGUCACAAAAGCGGAUGGAUGCUUCAUUCCUCCCAGGCACUCAUAUGGUCUUCUUUGUCCUGAAUAUAGUUGAAGGACUUGGACUACUAAUGAUGUUCAAACCAUUCCUUGUUGAAAAAAAGAAAACCCACACAAAUCAGUUACACUAAUACCAAUCUUUUUUGUUCAAGACACAUGUAACAUAUCCCUAAACUGUUGUUUGCUAUUGCAGACAGUGAUAGUAACUAGGUGCAUCAAGUUUGUCAUCAUGGGGACCAAUGAUGAUUAAAGUCAAAUUGGUGGCCCCAGUUCUCUUUGUAACGUGUUAUAUUACUUUAUUGGGUGACUAUCUAUUUUAACACGUUAACGUAGGGAAGCAAAAGCUUAAAGGGAAUUAUUCAUUAUUAGGUUUUUCAAAUGAAACUACAUUGUCAUUCUUUAUGCUACUGAUUCCAACCAUACGAGACCAAGUUUUUCUAGAGCAUUAAUUGAUGGACCGUUUUACUUUUUCAAGAA